CCCCGCUUGUCGGUAAUACCAGUAUGCUUUAGAAACGCUCACACUCCUUCCAGAGCUCAUUGGUUUCAGUGCACACAGUUAGGACAGCGCUGCGUGUGAGACCAAACCUGGAUUACUGCGCAUGUGUGGAUUAUCUCGCACGCACAACAGGAGCAGUAGGCAAAAAAAUGUGCACUGGUGCGAGCCGUGAGCCGGAGAGCUGUUAGUCAUGAGCUAGAAGCUAGACAAAAUUGGAUGAUUUUGAAGAAAAAACAAUAAAAUCAACCUAGCUCCCUUCCUUAAGCCCAGUUUGAAGGAGUUUAUUUAACUGGGAUUUCCCUUCCGAGAUGCAAAGCGUCCUUUACUUUGGUGCGUUUGUUCUUUUUUUUUUUUUUUUAUUCAUUUCAUCCAGAGGAAUAAUUCCUAGAUGGUUAUACAUUUAAACGUCACAUUACUUUUAUUCUUAUAUACAGUAGGCUGUAUCUUAUGUGUUUCAUUGAUUGUUAUUUAUUUCUUCUAUCUUCAGGCUUGCUUAUGGGAUUCAUCUGGUCAACACGGACCAUUUCUACUGCUUCAGCAGUGUUCUGCACAUGCAGAAACAUAACCUCAUGUGAAAAACAGUGUGACGUCCCUGAAGGAGCGCACGGUUUGAGCUGCUUCGGACAACGGUCUACAGAAAGCAUUAUAAAGUACUACUGCGUAUGGAAUCCUGGACAAUACGAUAAAUAUUUUCUCUACAUAAAGCAGAGGAUGUGUUAUCGAAUGGAUCAACCCUUUAUUCUAAUAACGGAGAGAAACAUGACAGCGUUUGCCAUGGCGCUGAGCGACGAUCGGAAAAGAUGCGCCGUCGCAAACUUCAGCAGCCAUCCAUUACAAAUAAUACAAUGUGGUCCACCUAUCAAUGUGACUUUCAGCAGAAGUUCUGGUCAUUUGAAUGUUACGUCUGAGUGGGAAGACAGUAAUGUGGAACAGUAUCGUUUGAAGUACAGGAAACACAACACCACUGUGUGGAAAGAGGUGAAGUCCCAGAACAGAAGAAAAUGCACCGUGGAACAUACUGUCUCCUCUCAAUCCUAUGAGAUGCAAAUACAGUGUGCUGUAACUACUAAGUGUCCUCUUUGUCCCUUGAGUGAGAUCAUCAGAGUCCCACAAGAAUUCGUAGAUGCACCCGUCAUAAAAGAAACUCAUUCCUAUCCGGUCCAACCUGGACAGAGAAAAAUAACCGUGACGUGGGAGUAUGUGCUCAGUCAGGCAGUCGAAAACUACAAUGUGACAGUCCAGAAGACAUCUGGGGAACCUGCUGAAGGAAGCAGUUAUUCCCUCAAAGCGCAAACCGUCACUUUGUUUCUGUGCUAUUCUGCCUACAAACUCAGCAUCAGUGCCGUAAACAAAGCCGGAUCAUCGCCUGCUGCACGCUUGGUCAUAGACGCCAUGGAGGAUCAUAGCGAUUUGGACGGAGCAUUUAAAGUUAAUCUGAUGAGUAAUAACAACUUCAGUUUUUCGUGGAAUAACACGCUGUCCAAGAAAUAUCCUUGCUAUUCUGUAGAGUGGCGGGCGAGCGAUGAGAAAUUAGCUUAUGCAACCUUCUACACGAGGAAAAACAACCAUACUGUCCAAACUUCCAACGUUGCAUUUCAGCCCUAUAAGAGAUACCACUUCUUCCUGCAUGUCAGGCAUGAAAAAGAGACCUGCAACCUGAAGAAUGUAAAUAACAGCGAUCAGACGUACGGAAGAACUCAGGUCUACCUCGCUGAAGGAACUCCACUUGCUGCUCCUGGGAAUGUGAGCAGCUCUAACAUUACCCAGAGUUCCUUUGUGACUACAUGGAGCCCGGUGCCUGAAGAGGACGUGCGUGGCUUUCUACAAGGUUACAUCAUCCGCUACACACAAGACAACAGCAAAAAAAAUAUCACCGUGCAUCCUAGCGUGAACAGCUACGAGUUGCUGAAUCUGCGAAGUGGAAGUAUCUACUGUGUGCAGCUGUCCGCAUACACGUCUGCAGGGGAGGGAAAGCGGAGUGAACCGAAGUGCUUUGACACGUUGGACUCGGUGGCUAUUGGUGGAAUGUUGGCAGGAGUCGUUGCAGGCGUAAUUGCUCUGCUACUUGCCACUCAUCUCUGCUUUCGGCUUUUGAAAAGAUCCAAGAAACUCCUAUGGCCAAGUAUACCCAACCCAUGCAACAGUAAUGCUGUACAGAAAAUUGAAGGCGGUCAGGAACUGGAGGUGAUGGAGCUUCUUCGCAGGCCGAACCUCGAGGAGACGGAAGAACACGUGUCCGUGUUGGAAGCCAAAAAGGAGACACAUUCUGCCUGUAACGUCUCUCAGGACUGGACCAAGGCCACCCUUAUGCCUAAUACGGCACCUCCCCCAGUAGAUAACGAACCUCCUUCAUCGCCUACAAUUUCAACCACAAUAGACUCGACAUCUAAUGAGGCUUUUCCCACGGACAGUAAUCAUAAAGGCUCUACAGAAGACCCACCUGAAGGAGCGAACAACAUAACGGACCCACCUAGCGUAUUAGGCACCGAGACUGUCUCCACAGCUGUAGCAAACCCAACAAGUGCUUUCAUGAGCGACUACACCACCAUGGAGCUUUUCCAGCAGAUCACCAAGGCUGCGCCUCCGGCUCCUUCCAGCUCAGGCGCAGCGUCUUCAGAUCCAGGACAGGAGUACCUUCAACAGUCACUCUCUUUAUCAGAGAAAAUGAGAAGAGCUCCUGAUCAAAUAUAUCUCACAAAUGGCACUGUAAAUCCAUUUCCUUAACUGUAUAUAAAUAUGUUAAGAAACCAAUAUGUUGCCAUAAUAAUAUUUCUAUAUAUAUAUAAACCUUGAGAGUGAAACCAUUGCGU